UCACGAGUAAAAUCGACAAGUGUAUGCUAAAAUGGUAACUAUCGAGUAACUAUUGCUUGCUCUUUCACACACAGACACACAUCCCUAAAAGCAAGCACCGGCAAAAAGUACUGAGAAAAAUGGCAGAUAAAAAAACAGGCGGCGGUGGCAACAACGACGGCAAGGAAAAACGCCGCAAAGAAUCCAUUUUGGAUCUGUCCAAAUAUUUGGAGAAGCAAAUACGUGUAAAGUUUGCAGGAGGGCGCGAAGCGUCUGGUAUACUAAAGGGCUAUGAUGCGCUAUUGAAUCUGGUGCUGGACAACACUGUGGAAUAUCUGCGCGACUCAGACGAGCCAUACAAGCUAACAGAGGACUCAACACGCAGUUUAGGCUUGGUUGUCUGUCGUGGAACUGCUUUGGUGCUCAUCUGUCCGCAGGACGGCGUGGAAAGCAUUCCCAAUCCCUUCAUAACGCAGUAGGCUAAGUAAAGGUU